UUCGGUCCAGUGUGAUAAAAUAGAACAAUUCAAUAUGGCUUCUCAUGGAUGAUUCUUUCUUUUCAACUGGAAUCUAUUUAAACAAUAUAAACUGUAAAUCAGCUUAUUAUGUCCAACCCUUCGGUCCGUUCCACUAGGCUUAAUGCCAGGAAGCGCCGAAAGAAGGCAAAAUCGAAGCCAGUGCAACGGAAAAGGCGAAGUGCUGACACAGACAUUCUGGAAGAAGCUCAGGUGAUUCAAGCUGGACCAAGUGGUAGUAACAGCAAUGGUGGCAAAUACAACUUACGUCGAAGACGAGCUACUGAUUUACAAACAAAGGAAGAAAAGAAGGAAACCAAGCCAGUAGUUCCCGUAAAACGACGGCGGAAACUAGCAGCUGUUAAUCCUGCACUAGUUCCCACUGGUGGUGUGGGAGCCAAAUACCUCCAGGAGGACCUGCCUGAUGAAGUGUUACUGAAGAUAUUUUCCUACCUGCUAGAGCUGGAUCUCUGUGUUGCGGCACAGGUGUGUCGUCGCUUCAGGGACAUUGCCAAUGAUCUGGAACUUUGGAAAAAUUUAUACCAAGAUGUCUUUGAGUAUGAUAAUCCCUUGCUCAACCCUGAACCAAGAGUCUUCAAGUUUAUCAACCCAACUGAUUCCGAGUAUGAGAACUCCUGGAGAGAGAGCUUUAAACAACUGUAUCGUGGCUUCCAUGUACGACCUGGUUAUGCGUCUCUCUACAACCCACGGGGGAAACGGUUAAAAGGAAGAAAUCUCAUGUGUUUUGAAUGUAUAGAGCAGGCGUACAGUUACGUGGACACAGAGGAGGUGGAGAACCCUCUCAUCUUUGUUCACUCUGGUCUGUACCAGGGGGAGUUCCUCCUCAUCGAUAUCUCAGUGUCAAUCAUUGGAGCCGCUCCAGGGAACGUCAUGGAUCAUGUGAUAAUUGAGCGGGAGAGUGAAUCAACAGUCAUGUUUGUUGACGGUGCUAAGGGAGCGUAUCUUGGAUACCUCACGUUGAAGUUCACACCCGACAUCACCUCAUCCGUACCCCACCAUCGGCAUUACUCACUGGAGAUAGCUGAGAACUGUACACCUACUGUCGACCACUGUCGCAUCAAGAGCACAUCUGUCGUGGGAGCUGCAGUUUGUGUGUCUGGCUCUGGGUCGGACCCGACAAUCAAACACUGUUUAAUCAAGGACUGUGAGAAUGUUGGCCUCUACAUCACGGACUAUGCUCAGGGUGUUUAUGAGGACAAUGAGAUCAGUGGCAAUGCUCUGGCUGGUAUCUGGGUCAAGAACCAUUCCAACCCCAUCAUGCGCAGAAACCACAUACAUCAUGGACGGGAUGUCGGAGUGUUCACCUUCGAUAACGGCUUGGGUUACUUUGAUUCCUGUGAUAUCCACAACAACCGCAUUGCUGGCUUUGAGGUGAAGGCAGGGGCCAACCCCACGGUUGUACGCUGUGAGAUCCAUCAUGGCCAAACUGGGGGCAUCUACGUACAUGAAAAUGGCAGGGGGCAGUUCAUCGAGAACAAAAUACACUCCAACAACUUCGCUGGAGUGUGGAUCACAUCCAACAGUGAUCCUACAAUAAGAAAAAAUGAAAUCUACAAUGGGCAUCAGGGUGGUGUGUACAUAUUUGGGGAUGGACGAGGGCUUAUAGAACACAACAAUAUUUAUGGCAAUGCUCUGGCUGGUAUCCAGAUUCGAACUAACAGCAACCCGAUUGUAAGACACAACAAGAUCCAUCAUGGCCAACAUGGUGGAAUAUAUGUGCAUGAGAAAGGUCAAGGUCUGAUUGAGGAGAAUGAGGUGUAUGCCAACACUUUGGCCGGUGUGUGGAUCACGACAGGCAGUACCCCCGUGCUGCGCCGCAACAGAAUACACAGCGGCAAACAGGUGGGAGUGUACUUCUAUGACAAUGGGCAUGGUGUGUUAGAGGACAAUGAUAUCUUCAACCAUUUGUACUCAGGAGUACAGAUAAGGACUGGGAGUAACCCACUGAUUCGCCGCAACAAGAUUUGGGGAGGCCAGAAUGGUGGCAUCUUGGUGUACAACAGCGGGCUGGGGAUGAUAGAGAACAACGAGAUCUUUGACAAUGCCAUGGCAGGCAUCUGGAUCAAGACCGACAGCAACCCAGUGCUACGCCACAACAAGAUACAUGAUGGUCGAGAUGGAGGGAUCUGUAUCUUCAAUGGCGGGAAAGGGAUCUUGGAAGAGAAUGAUAUCUUCCGCAACGCCCAGGCUGGCGUCCUCAUCAGUACACAGAGCCAUCCUAUCUUGCGAAGGAACCGUAUCUUUGACGGGCAGGCAGCAGGUGUCGAAAUAACAAAUAAUGCCACAGCCACACUAGAAGAGAACAAGAUCUUUAACAAUAAAUUUGGAGGCCUGUGUCUUGCCAGUGGAGUCAACCCCAAACUGAAAGACAACAACAUCAGCGGCAACCACAACAUGGUGGAGAAAGCUGUGGGUGCCGGCCAGUGUCUCUACAAGAUCUCCAGCUAUACAAGCUUUCCCAUGCAUGACUUCUACAGAUGUCGGACAUGUAACACAACGGAGAGGAAUGCUAUUUGUGUGAACUGUAUCAAAACCUGCCAUGCCGGUCAUGAGGUAGAGUUUAUACGUCACGACCGUUUUUUCUGUGACUGUGGAGCAGGGACCCUGAAUAACCAGUGUCAGCUUCAGGGGGAGCCCACGCAGGACACAGACACUCUCUACGACUCGGCUGCACCCAUGGAGUCACACACACUCCGAGUCAAUUGAUGUGGGUCCCCUGCUGGGCUAGUUGUCGGUUUCCUGCAGCCACUGUGUGGCUGACUGGGUCCCAUUCAUGGGAGUCGCAUCCAGGGUAUCUCCUCACAAGCUUGGAAGUCUUCACAAGGAUUAUUGUCAAGAUGAUACCAUGCCUUGAAGAGGUGUGUUGCUCGCCCUGUUUGGCCUUUUGAAGGUUUUGUGGGCAUUACAGUGUAGGAGCAUGAUAUGUGUCGACGUUGUUGAGGCAGCCGGUGUCUCACGGAGAACAUUGUGAGGUGAUCCUUGGUAUGGCUAAUGGAAGAGAGGGCAUCUACUCUGUCCUAGCUAGAAGCUCAACAUCUUCUCUGACUAUGCAGUCAGAUGUAUCGUUGUAUGAACCUACGCCUAUAUUCAUGGCCUUUUUUAUGAUGUCCAAAACAUAUGCAUCAAAAUCUGCAACCAAAGACUUGUUUUGUAUAUAUAUCUACAAUAUUUAUGCUUGAAUGUGCUGUUUUAUGUUACCGGAUGACUGUACAUACUGAUCUGUAGAGUUUUGUUGUCCCCUCUGUUGUGAUGAAACCAAGUCUGUUAAACAUGACCGUUACCUCAGUUCUUCCACACAAUUCAGGCCAGUCGAAAAGGAUGGGGAGGGGGGGAGGAGAGGACGAAAGGGAAACAGGGGAAGGCCACCAGGAGGUAAUACUAUAGGA